AUGACAACCUCAUGGAGUGACCGACUUCAGAAUGCAGCAGAUCUCCCUGCAAACAUGGAUGGGCACGCUCUGAAAAAAUACCGUCGGGAAGCCUAUCACCGGGUCUUUGUAAACAGAAGUUUAGCCAUGGAAAAGAUAAAGUGCUUUGGUUUUGAUAUGGAUUACACACUUGCUGUGUAUAAGUCCCCUGAAUACGAAUCUCUUGGAUUUGACCUGACCGUAGAAAGAUUAGUUUCCAUUGGAUACCCUCAUGAGCUGCUCAAUUUUGUGUAUGAUCCUGCAUUCCCUACCAGAGGCCUGGUGUUUGAUACCCACUAUGGAAACCUAUUGAAAGUCGAUGCCUAUGGGAACCUCCUAGUGUGUGCACAUGGCUUUAAUUUCCUCAGAGGGCCUGAAACACGGGAUCAAUAUCCGAAUAAAUUUAUCCAGAGGGAUGACACAGACAGGUUUUACAUCCUGAACACGUUGUUCAAUCUGCCAGAGACCUACCUGUUGGCUUGCCUAGUGGAUUUCUUUACUAACUGUGACCGGUACACUAGCUGUGAAACAGGGUUUAAAGAUGGAGACCUCUUCAUGUCCUUCAGGAGCAUGUUCCAGGAUGUCAGAGAUGCUGUUGAUUGGGUUCAUUAUAAGGGAUCGCUCAAGGAAAAGACCCUUGAGAACCUGGAAAAAUACGUGGUGAAAGAUGGGAAGCUGCCACUGCUGCUCAGCCGCAUGAAUGAAGUUGGGAAGGUGUUUCUCGUCACAAACAGUGACUAUAAAUACACAGAUAAAAUUAUGACUUACUUGUUUGACUUUCCACAUGGACCAAAGCCUGGGAGUGCCCAUCGGCCAUGGCAGUCCUACUUCGACCUGAUCCUGGUGGAUGCACGAAAACCUCUCUUCUUUGGGGAAGGCACUGUGUUGCGGCAGGUGGACACGGUGACUGGGAAGCUGAAGAUUGGUACCUACACUGGCCCACUGCAGCAUGGCAUCGUGUACUCAGGAGGCUCUUCAGACACAGUCUGUGACCUGCUGGGAGCCAAAGGGAAGGAUAUCUUGUACAUUGGAGACCAUAUCUUUGGAGACAUCCUCAAAUCCAAGAAGCGCCAGGGCUGGAGGACCUUUCUGGUGAUCCCUGAGCUGGCACAGGAGCUGCACGUCUGGACAGACAAAAGCGCCCUUUUUGAAGAGCUGCAGAGUCUGGACAUUUUCUUGGCUGAGCUAUACAAGCAUCUGGACAGUAGCAGCAAUGAACGCCCUGACAUCAGCUCCAUCCAGAGACGCAUUAAGAAAGUGACCCAUGACAUGGACAUGUGCUACGGGAUGAUGGGGAGCCUCUUCCGCAGCGGCUCUCGGCAGACCCUCUUUGCGAGCCAGGUGAUGCGCUAUGCUGAUCUCUAUGCAGCCUCCUUCAUCAACCUCCUCUACUACCCCUUCAGCUACCUCUUCAGAGCCGCCCACGUACUGAUGCCACAUGAGUCCACGGUAGAGCACACCCACGUCGACAUCAACGAGAAGGAGUCGCCGAUGGCCACACGCAACCGCACCUCCGUGGAUUUUAAAGAUUCCGACUACAAGCGGCACCAACUGACCCGCUCCAUCAGCGAGAUCAAACCGCCCAACCUCUUCCCCCAGGCACCUCAGGAAAUCACACACUGCCACGAUGAAGAUGAUGAUGAGGAAGAGGAAGAGGAGGAAGAAGAGGAGGAAGAGGAAGAGGAAUAAGGAAGAAAAAGAAAAGUGUUCCUGAAGACAAACCAUGACCCUAGCAGCGAUCAGGAGCGGAUUCCUUUCUUAGGGCCCUUGGGGUGAUGGAUUGGGGGGGUGUGAUUC